AUGCUUGAUGGCUUUGCCCAACACCCCGAACAAUAUGUCGGGCUCACGACGAAGCCCGGCUACCUGGUCUUGAAGAAUUCAAGUGCUUCAAACGCCAAGGCCCAGCGCAGUCCCGGGGCACAGAAAAUUGCACCGGCAAAGAUUGAUUGGAGCGGGGCCAAGAAUGAAAAGUGGCAGUUUGAUGCGAUAACAGGCCCAGGGAGCUUCACAUACAAGACGAAACCAAAGAUCAACAAGAGACAAGGAUCCAUUUCCGAGGGCAUCAACCGAGUGAAAAAAAACCCUCAAUUGUAUGAGGGCGUGCAUUUCCAGACAGAGAUGAAAAAUUGGCCAGUAGAUCAGCAAAGUUAUGAUCUCAUCCUGCGCAGCGGUAGUGGAUACCGUUUCCUGGCCGGUCAAUCUCCAAACUUCACAUUCAUUCAGGCGAAGUACUUUGCUCUGACACCCUAUGAUGAAAUCAGGAUGACACCGGAUGACUACACCGAUUCAAUGUCUUACAAAGGUCACAAGUGUGGCAAGCCACUCCACCCAGGCAGAGGACAAGGGCUCUGUGAUGUGCCACAUAUUCAGCUGAUUGGUGACGUCCACCCUGAAGAUAUCGCGCAAGGUCAUGUAGGCGAUUGUUGGCUACUUUGUGCUAUGAGUGCGUUGUCGGAGUUCCAUGGUGCUGUGCAAAAACUAUUGCAGCGGACACCGUAUUUCAAGAGCCUUCCUGCCAACAAGCCACAGACAUACACGGUGACCCUGUACGAUUUGGAGUCAUGGCACCCCGUGGAUAUAGAGGUGGACGAACGCCUCUGCACGUUGCCAGACAGCAGCGGAAUCUUGGGCUGCUUUCCCUGCCUUCACGGUGAACUUUGGCCAUGCUAUGUGGAGAAAGCUGUGGCCAUCCACUGCGGUGGAUGGGAUCAGAUUGAGGGCGGUCAACCAACGCAUGCUUGGCGAUUACUUACCGGUUGCAGGUAUCAGUACACCUUCACAAACUCUGGGCAGGGUUUUGAAUGUUUCGGAACCUUCAACCCUAACACGAACGAGUGGGACUCUAUGAGCAACUCGCCGCAUGGCACAAAAGGUGUUUGGCCUAUGAAAUGGCCAGAAGUUGGUGGCGGUGGUGAGCUGGGCUUGAAAUGUCAACAGGACGAGAUGUUUCAAAAAAUGUGUGCAUGGGAUGCGGCAAGUUACAUGAUGGCCCUUGGAACGCGUUCUGGUUCGAAUUCUAGCAGCGUCAACGGAAUCAUUGAUGGCCACGCCUACACAUUGAUCACGUGCCUCAACAAUGUUGCUGGUUCUGGGCAUGAUUUGGUGAAACUGCGUAACCCUUGGGGUGAGGGUGAAUGCACAUCCAGCAUGUGGACGGACGAUGGUUGUGGUUGGGAGCAAUUUCCUGAGGUCAAGGAAGUUUGUGAUCCUGUGAAGGCCAAUGAUGGAGUGUUUUGGCUAAGCAGCGAUGAGAUGUUCAAAUACUUUCCUACAAUCUACCUUUGCGCCAUGAACAUGUCAGAGUUUGUCCAGUGA